AUGGACGUAUUCGCUUUUGCUGCCUAUGGGUUGCUCAUUCUGCCAUUGAUUAUUCGCGUCGAUGGAUUUCCUAACGGAGCACCAACUGCUUCCUGCUCAACCAUGAAACCGGGACAUUCUGUCGAUCCACAGCCUCUUUCCACGUCUCCUUUCUUUACGCACAUUUUUAAUGAGGAGACUGUCUUGGUGGACAAUGUGGUGCGUCUUGAAUUACGGGCUCGUAAUGGAGUGACUACGUUCAAAGGUUUCCUUGUCAUGGCAUUCGACAAGGAUGACAAUUCAACCACGGCCAAACCAAUCGGCAUCUUUCAGGUGCCCAGUGACGGCAGACUAAUCAGCUGCAUCGAUGGCGACCAGAAUGCCGUCACUCAUAAGCUGAAUAACGAUAAGAAAUCAGUAAAGGUGGAAUGGAUUCGGCCGAAAACUUUUGCAGGUCAAAUUGUCUUCAGGACCACUUUUGUACAAGAAUUCAAUACAUUUUGGGUCAAGACGGAAUCAAAAACUGUGUCCUUUGUCACCGUCCAACCAACAGUCACACCGACUGCAACCGGGGCGACACCAAUUCCAGCCAUUUCCCCCAAAACAACAUCUCCACAACCAUUUACUUUGUCGACCACGACCAGCAGUCCUUCUUCCCAAUCGCACCUUUGCUGGAUUAUGCAAAUGAAUUUGAUGAAUGUUAGGCAUUUCGGCCUCGAAAAGGGCCUAAGGGGCGUGCUCAAGGAUCUACGCUGUUUCAACAUAACAUGAAACAUGUUUUCGAUAAACGUUUACAGACCUUAUGUGGGUUUCGUUGACAGUCUGUCAUUUCUAAUUGAAGUAAAUACAAUGACGCAAAUAGAAUGAA